UUAGAAGUGAAACACUUACAUCCUCUUUCCAAGAACUCGAAACAAAAAGCUUUACGUAAUUCUUUCAUUUGUAAACAAAAAUAAGAUUUAUAGUAAAGAAAAAGCAGAAAGAGAAUGAAGGAUUGAAUGAUGAUGAGUGGUUGUUUCAUGGCUGCUGCUGCAGCAUCAGUCUCUCUAAGGCUAAGCUGUUCUUUACCUGUUCAUCAUCAAACUCAACCUCCUUGUUCAAAUUUACAUUGCACUUCAACAACCAUCACUACUCCUGCAUCAUCAUCCACUCGAUCGCCCGUUGUUGUGAAUGGCCAUCCACCCACUUUCGUUUCUGCUCCAGGUCGUCGAAUUGUGGCCGUUGGGGAUUUGCAUGGAGAUCUGGAUAAAGCUAGAUAUGCUCUUGAGAUGGCUGGUGUCUUAAGUCGUGAUGGAAGUAACUUAUGGGUUGGUGGAGAAACGGUGUUGAUUCAGCUUGGAGAUAUACUUGAUAGGGGUGAUGAUGAAAUUGCAAUUCUAUCCUUGUUGAAGUCAUUAGAUAUCCAAGCAAAAGCUAAUGGUGGCGCAGUUUUCCAGGUCAAUGGAAAUCAUGAAACCAUCAAUGUAGAAGGUGAUUUUAGAUAUGUUGAUUCAGGUGCCUUCGAUGAGUGUGUGGACUUCCUUGAAUAUUUGGAAUACUGUGACCAUAAUUGGGAAGAAGCAUUUGGUGGUUGGUUUGGUGUAUCUAAUAGGUGGAGAGAACAUCGUCAGGCUUCACAAAAUAAUUGGGGUCCAUGGAAUUUAGUAAAGCGACAGAAGGGGGUUAUUGCAAGAUCGGUUCUCCUAAGACCAGGUGGUCCAUUGGCGUCCGAAUUGGCACGACAUCCAGUUGUUCUCAAGGUUGAUGAUUGGGUCUUCUGUCAUGGUGGCCUUCUUCCUCAUCACGUUGCGUAUGGCAUAGAGAGAAUGAACAGAGAAGUAUCUCAUUGGAUGAGAGGCCUCAAUGAGUGUGAUGAUUGUCCGCAAUUCCCCUUCAUAGCCACCAGAGGGUAUGACAGUGUAGUGUGGAGUCGUCUAUACUCCAGAGACAUGUUGGAUUUGGAAGAUUAUCAAAUUGAUCAGAUCCAAUCCAUUCUUGAAGAGACACUCCAAGCAGUAGGUGCCAAAGCAAUGGUGGUAGGGCAUACUCCACAAACUACAGGAGUGAAUUGUGAAUUUAACUGUACUAUAUGGCGCAUUGAUGUGGGGAUGUCCAGCGGAGUUCUUGAUUCAAGACCCGAGGUUCUAGAAAUAAGAGAAGAUAAAGCAAGGGCAAUAAGGAGCAAAGGAGAUAAACAUGGUAGUAUGCUUCAAGUUGUUGAUUAUACAUAGAGACCAGAAGACUAGGCUUCGAGAUGUUCACCUUCGAGCCUAUCCAAUGCAGAAUUCUAAUUAGUUACUCUAGUUAAUUCUCAGAGCAUGACACAAGCACAAACCAACAAGAAGCAGAGGGAGCGUUUUUUGUUUUGCAUUCAAGAAGCUGCUGUGGUUAUCAUCAUUGUUAUACUGAGUACAUUCAAGUGUUCACAGGGAAAAUCCGGUGGUUGUGCCAAAGCUGCUGCUCUGCUGUGUGUAAAAUUCAUUGAGGGCGAACAAUGCAUUAUAAGUGGGAAUUUACUCAAGUCUUUUGAACGAGUCAUAUAGCAACAUUAAGACAGCCAGCUAUGGUGUUAUUGUCAGAUAUAUAUACUUGCUAGCUCUGUAAUAGAACCAGCUUUCUUGAAAUGCAUUUGAAUCGUUGGUGUAGAGUCAAGAAGUAGGGUCAGUCCUCCUCUUGUAUACAAUAAUUACUUGAAUAAAUUGAAUUGGAAACAAAAAUUUCAGAGUGCUUGAGGUGGUAUGAAUCAGUUUGGAAAAUCAGCCGAUUA